CCACCCUCUUCAACCUGUCACCUAAUCCUGCCUAAUGGGCAGGUCAGCCCUGGAGGAAAGUAUUGGCUGUAAGAAGUAAGAGAACAUAACAUCUGGUUGUUUUUAAAUGACUUCUUUUGACAUUGCUUUAUUUUUGUUCCGAUCUGUGUUGCUCACUCCAGUCAGCAGAUGGCGAUGUGAGUUUUUCAGGUGAUGCUUCUUGCGUGACGUAUAAUCUAGUGGACGGAACAGGAGGCUUCUUCAACAGAGACAAAGGGCUUCCGUUUCAACCAAUGCGGUGGUUUGCUAGCGAACAUAGAUCCGGAGCAUUUAAGCUCUUUAGACUAAUCUUGUGUAUAUUAUUCUUAGUGUUUAGAACACAAUUCUGUUUACGCAUCUACUUGUUAAUUUAAACGUAGUUUGCUUCUUAAAUUAGCGAAUGUGUUAACUUGACACUGCACACGGCUAAUCGCCCGGAGCAUGAGGUCACGAAACUAGACGGAGAAAGAUCUGGUGAAAGGAGAGGAAGAAGCUUUCAGAAUGGAAGAGGAGGCUAUCACAUUGAAACAAGAGGAUGAUAUUACAGGGAAAGAGGAAGAUGGGAAAGAGGUUGUCAGAGUGGAAAAUGAGGAGGUAGAAGCUUUCAGAAUCAAAAAUGAUGAAGAUCCCGUAACAUUGAAGAAGGAGAAUAUAGUAAAAGAAGAGGAAGAAGCUUUCAGAAUCAAAAAGGAAGAAGAUGCCGUAACAUUGAAGAAAGAGAAUGUAGCGAAAGAAGAGGAAGAACCUUUUGGAGUAAAAGAGGAGGAAGAUGUUUUAGGAGUGAAAAAGGAGGAGGAGUCAGAAUAUCCGAUUUCCAUCCGAGAGAGACAUGACGAUCCUGGAUCCUCUGGGGAGCCUCAACAACAUCCUGAUGCUGACGAGGCAGAGAAGAGUCUCUCCAGAUCAGAACACCAGAUGGUACAGCUUGGUCUGGUCUAGCAUACAGCUUGCUCUAUCUGGGUCUGGGCUGUGUUUCUGUAAAGCAGUUUAUGACAACAGUGACAUCAGCAUCCAUAAUGAUAUGUGUCCACUCUUUGUGGUUACUAGGACAACGCUAGCCCUUCCUCCCUCCCGGAGUC